AAAAAAAAAAAGAUAAAAAUUUGUCCCUUUUUUUUCAGUAUUGAUUGAAUUACAAAAUGACUAAGGGUCAGUUAAAGAAAGUACCCUCAGUUUUACCAAAGAUGAUCGUAUUUGAUCUAGAUUACACAUUAUGGCCUGAAUGGAUCGAUUGCACUUAUGGUCCACCUUAUACAUAUGAUAAAGUAGCUAACGAGAUUCACAACGAACAGGGAGAAUCAUUAAGGCUUUUUGAGCAUACAGCUUCUAUCAUUUCGCUAAUUAAAGCUUUACCUGAUGUUAAAAUCGGCAUUGCUUCACGAACACAAACCCCUGACUGGGCUAGAAAGGCACUUCGUCUCCUACGUAUACCUGAAUUAGACAAUACAACACUUUAUGAGAAUAUUGAUUAUUUUGAGAUUUAUCCAGGAAGUAAAAUGACUCAUUUCCAAUCUCUUUCCAAAAAAUCUGGAAUAGCUUGUCAUAAUAUGCUAUUCUUUGAUGAUGAAAGUAGAAAUCGUGAGGUAACUCGUUUGGGUGUUCAUUUUGUGAAAGUAGAUGGAAGAACCGGCAUUACACCUUUCCAGUUUGAAAAUGCUCUACAUGCAUUCGCCAAUAACUCGGGUGUAGUGCAAUCAAAAAUGGAUAAAUACCUUAAAAAGAUUUAACAAACAUAAAUUAGAAGAGAAUAGAAUUAAUAUAUUGUUACAUUUGAUGUUAUGUUUUUUUUUCCUUAUAUUAAGGAACUGCAGUCACCUUGAAGCUGCAUCUAACUUUACCAAAAUAUAUAAAUAUCAAAGAAUGAGCACCAAUUUUAUAGAAAAAACCUAAUGUUGACAUAUUUCAUGUUGCCUUAAUAAAUUUCGCUUAUAUUAUCAAACUUCUCCUAUAAAAUCACAUAGAGUUACUUGCUGUUCGGUACUUCCAGUUCCUCUAUUAUCGUUGUAUAAUUAGUAUUAUUCAUAUUGGAUUAUAACUGCCUUUAAGUAGCUAUCUUCUUUCUAUUUUAUGUAUCAUUAGAACGGAUUAAAA